AUGAGGGGGGGUGGAGGUCCAACAUGUCUCGGUAAGGCUAGACUGCUGCUUCGCCGAGGUGGUGUGUUGGAGGCAGUUCACACGUACGAUGUAAGUGAACUUGAAAAGGCCAUAGAUUUGGUUCGAACGUUUCCCUUCGUGCCCAAGUCCCACAAACCGCUGCUUGUCCCCUCUGUGGCAGAGCUUUAUGACGCGGUACAGAGCGACAUCGAUAUUACCAACAAGUUGGCACGGCCCACCGACUUCGCGUGGCUUGAAGUCGAAAGUGACGACGACGCUGUGAUUGAAAAGGUGCUGUCUCUAUUCCCCAUACAUCCCUCCACAAAGGAGGAUGUUAAGAAUAGAAGAAAUGACACUGAGCUCACGGAGAUAUUUCCUUCUUGUGGCUAUGUCAGCAUUAAUGUGGCUGCGAAGGCGUGCAGCAAGGAUUCUCUUGGAAGUGUGCAGGAUGAUCCUGUGAUGGUUUCCAUGAUCACGUUUGAACAUUUUUUGCUUACUAUUCGUCGAAGGCCUAUUGCAGGGGAUGACGAGAUGAGGGCCCACGUGGAGUCAAUGCUGUCGUCUCCAAAUUCGCACGCAGAGCCUGUAUCCGCUAUUGUGUGCUCUCUAGUCAGUGGCUUUGUUAAGGAGCACCAGAAGGAGCCCUCUUCUUUGCUUGUCGAUGUUGACAACGUGAAUGAGAUGGUGCUUCAGAUCCAGCCCUCCCGCUGUGAUCAGGCGGAUCUACUGCGACGCAUUGAAGACCUGCGCCACAGGCUGUCGCGAGUUCAGGCAUCAUUCUUGGCGAAAGAACGCCUUGUGCAGCAACUCCUUCUUCCCGUGAUGAGACGUAUCUUCAUUACAUCUGAGCCCAACAUUUCCAGUCGUUAUCAAAGGUUGCUGUCUGGAUUGCUGCUCUCUAUUGAACGUCUACGAAAGGGUCGUGACGUACUGAAUCUCUCAAGUAUGAGCCUUGUUAGUGGUGUUUCGAUGCGACUUUUGCAGCAUUGCUAUUGGAUGGAUUUUUUGAACAACGUCAUGACACAGAUGUCCUUGGUGACAAUGCCGAUUUGUAUUCUUCCCGGUUUGUUCACGAUGAACGUGCGAGUACCGUUUGAGGAGAGCGAAGGUCUCUCAGCGUUCUUGGUCAUUACGGCUGUCACGGCAAUUGUCUUUGCCUUGGGGAUGGCCUACCCGGUGUAUGCCCUUUUCCGGUAUAAGCCUCCUGGUGGUCUUAUCCCUCCAUCUAUUUCGUAA